AUGAUGAAUAAUAAUAAUAUUAAUCCUCCAUACCCUGUUGGUAAUAGCAGCGAAAUAAGAGGCUCCGUGGAUGAAUUAUUGCAGAAGACUCUACGGCUUUUAUCAUCGUCCUCAUCUUAUACAAAACCACCAACCAAUCCUCCUUCAACAUCUUCUUCAUUCAACAUCACGUGUAAAUCUACGCCCCUAAACAAUACUCUCAACAUGAUGCCGACAAAGGGUUUUCUAGCCAACAAUUAUGCUUUGGAUGAAAGCCUUCUUGCCUUUUUAGAGAGAGAAGGAAAACAAACCUCGUUGUCCAAUCCUCAUGGCUCUGUAAGCCUUUUUCAUGGACGUCCAACAACCACAACAACAACAACGAGUAGCAGCAAUACAACACAACCAAUAUUACAACCUCUUACACAACGAAUCAUUGCCCAACCACAAUCAAAACAGGAGAGUACUUCAGAAGAUGAUUGGCACCGAAGAAUUACUCAACUUGCAAUGGCUGUUGCCGAUGAAAUUGAACAAAACGAAAGAAACUCUAAAUUACCCUCAUCAUCAUCAUUACUCCUGAAUAAUAUCAGUAACAACCAAAACAGCAACAGCAACAACAUAUCAAACAAAACGCAGAGCUCUAACAAGUGUUCCUCUUCCUCUUCCAUGUUAACUAUUCUUCUUAAAGAUUCACACAACCAUGAGCAUGAUCCUAUCAAGGAUUUAUUGCUCUCAACAUUGAUGAUGAACAGCGCAACGACCCCUCUCCAUCCUGACUUGAUGUCAUCAGAUAUGGCACUUCAACAAGAAACAAGAGAAGAAUGGUCCUCCAUAGGUUCCUCCUCCUCUUCAUUGAUCAACAAGAAUUCUUCAUCCACCAUGCAAACACUGGAUGUUUUUCACACCCAACACCCAGAAUUGGAAAGAAUCAUUGCUGACCAACCAUUGACCUUUGAGCAAGCUGCACUUUUGCCUCCUCUGAAUUUGAAAUUGAGAUUCACAGAAGAAGAGAUGCAAGGAAUUGAUCAAAUGUUGACCAUUCCUUCCUCGAACACGACCAUCAGUAAUAAUAAGAAUAGCAAGAAAACGAUGGAAGAGUGGGCUGAUCAGCAAUAUCAAUCGUUGCUUGAACACAAUCAGCAACAUGAUCAUUUCUUCUCUUUGCUCAUGGCACAAGAAGGAAAAGACCUCGAUCAGGCAUGUUUACAACAAAAUAUACCAUCCAAUGAUAAUCAAACAUUGCCAUUAGUGACUUGUAAUAGUCAUCACACAACAGAAGAAGACGUUUUUGACGUCUCAUUCAACGACAUGUCAGAAGUAUUAUCCUCUGACGAGAAUUGUCAUGAAGACAAUAGCUCAGUAUUUCCAGCCAUGGAAGAAGUCUUUGAAUUUAACACACAAGAGGAAGAAGACGAAAAACAUCAUUCUGUACCAUUAUUGCAACAUCAAACGUCAUCUUCCACUCAAGCCACUCCUCAAAAUUGUAACCAUAAUGCGAUGACCUUAAAUUUCAUCUAUGAAGGCACCACUGGUGAAGUGCCAAUCACGAACACAAGUAUUUGUUCCAGUCGUAAUUGUCCAUCGAUGUCACAGAAUAAGGUUAAGAAAAAACGCAAAAUGCAGCAACAAUAUGCUGGCAGAAGAAACUCAACAUAUUCGACUGAUUACUCAAAGGAUGGCAUGUGGCAUUUUCACAAUUAUCGAGAUGGAAAAACCCUGGAACGAUCAACCAUGCCUGUGUUCUUAUAUUUCAAUCCAGAAGGUAACAAAAAGUAG